ACAACAUGGCAGCGCCCUGAAACAAAGAGAUACCUGUGAAAUCCACAAUUUAAGUGACGGGAACAUUACUAUUAGCUUGUCAAGUUUUUCUUUGUGUUGUGGUUUGAUAGCGUUAAGCAGGUUUGGCAUCAUGGCUGGCACGGCAUUAAUCUACGAUGAAGAAAUGACUCGGUACAAACUUCUCUGGACUGACCCUGCGUGUAAAAUCGAGGUACCUGAGCGAUUAUUAGUAAGCUAUGAGGCGCUGAAGAAGGAAGGUUUGGAGCAGAGGUGUGUAAAUGUUCCCACCCGCCAAGCAACUGACGAGGACAUCCUUCUGUUCCACAGCAAAGAAUACCUUGAAGCUGUGAAACAGACUCCGCACAUGAGCUUACAGGAUCUGAUGACCUUUACUCAACAAUUUGGUGAUGUCUAUUUCCAUCCAAACAUAUACCACUGUGCUAAGCUGGCAGCUGGGGCUGCCCUUCAGUUGGUGGACAGUGUGAUGACUGGGAAAGUGAGAAAUGGAAUGGCCCUUGUAAGGCCUUCUGGUCAUCAUAGUCAGCGGAGUGAGGCCAAUGGUUUUUGUGUCUUCAAUAACGUGGCUAUAGCUGCUCUGUAUGCCAAAAAACAAUAUAAGCUCAACAGGAUAUUGAUUGUGGAUUGGGAUGUUCACCAUGGACAAGGGAUACAGUACUGCUUUGAAGAGGAUCCCAGUGUGCUGUAUUUCUCAUGGCAUCGUUAUGAACACAUGAGUUUCUGGCCCAACCUAGCAGAGUCUGACUAUGACAGUGUGGGUAAAGGCAAAGGAGCUGGCUUCAAUAUCAACCUGCCCUGGAACAAGGUAGGAAUGACCAACAGUGACUACCUCUCUGUGUUUUUUCAUGUUCUUCUUCCUGUAGCAUAUGAGUUUGAUCCGGAGCUGGUGCUGGUCAGUGCAGGGUUUGAUUCUGCAAUAGGAGAUCCAGAGGGUCACAUGGUUGCUUUGCCAGAGAUUUUCGGCCAUCUUACACACCUACUGAUGUCUCUGGCUAAUGGAAAGAUGUGCGUUGUUUUGGAGGGUGGUUACAACUUGACCUCUCUUGCUCAAUCAGUAUGUCAAACAGUGCAGACUCUUCUUGGAGAUCCCACUCCUGUACUGACUGGUAUUGGCUCACCAUGUCACAGUGCUCUGGAGUCUAUUCAUAAUGUUCGAGCAGCUCACCAUAAGUACUGGGGCUGUUUUAAACACACAGUUAUAAGCCCGGUGUCGGAGCCAAGCAGUAAGCGCUGCAGAUUGGAGGACAAAGAUGGUGAGCAGAAAGAUGAGGAAACUGAGGAUAUAGUGUGGCCUCAGCCUUUAGCUAGACCUGCUCCUCCUGUGCACACAGUUGUGGUGGUACCCACAGAUCUGGAGGAUGUGCUGCCAGAAACUUGUAAGCACCUGGGUGAAAUAUCACCUAAAUGUGUUGAGGAGGCAGAGAAAAUUAGGAAUGAACAUUUUAAGAAUGUCACAGAUGAGCAGUCAAUAAAGAGCCUUCAAAAUGUUGUUUCAGUUUUGGAGAAAAUCAAGAGCAAAGAGGUGCGGAAUGGCUUGCUUGUGGUACCUGAUGUGUUCAUAUCGCUGAACUGUGCAGUGAAGCAUGCCUUAAACUCAAUGUCUAGUCGGGUUUUGGUGCUAUUUGUUGGAGAUGCCAGUGUUCCAGUUGAUACUGAAGAUGGAAACGUACUUCUCCUGCAGAUAUGCAGAAAUGAGCCUAAAGAUGUCAAGUCACCCUAUCAUGUACCUGUGUGUCUGAGCAAGCAAGUUUUCUCCAAGGCAAGUGUCAUGGCAGCAGUGCUGGGUUUACUUUUGCCACUGACAUAUGAGUAUAACCCAAACCUGGUGAUUCAGGUCUUGCCAGAUAACAGUGGUUUGUUGGAGGUGCCAACCUGGGCACAACUCACCAGUCUGUUGCAGGGAGUGGCUCAGGGCACAACUGUGGCACUGCUUAAACAAGGUUGUGAGAAGGACAUUGUGAGUGCUACAGGAGCUUCUCUCUCUGGGGCUUCGGCUACUUCACUCAGGCCUUUGGAUUCUCCUUUGGCAGAGGAUGUGAAAGCUAUAGAGGCACAGAGGAACAGACUUCAAAACCACUGGGGACUAUUACGGAACACAGUUUCAGAAAGCAGAACUAAAAGCAGUAGAGAUGAACAAUCACCUGCAGCCCAUUAAGGACUACAUGAGACAUUACUGUAAUUUUUUUACACAUAAUUGCUGUUUUUUUAAAUAGUAAAACAAUGCUGUUACUGACUAUCAUCUGUUUAUAAUUGGUGGGAAAAAUAUUGUUUAAAAUGUAAUUGACAGCAUGCUGUGUUUUAUUGUGUUAGUUCACAAUGACUUGUUUAUUCUAAUUUAGAGGACAAAUAAUAAAUGUUUUAAUCAAUUUGUGUUUCUCAGUUUAUGUAAUUAAAUAUUUUUAAAUAAAGAAAAAUGUAUAAAUGUCUCCUUUAAAAUUUUAAGAUACUUUUUAUCUGCUA